AUGAAUACAAGCCUGUUUGAUUUCCCACAGAAUAAUCUAUCUUGGGAACCCGCGUUCGCCAAUACCAGCAACCCGGCAACAUGGACAUUCGGCCCCGCCGGGCGGUUGACCAUCGGGCUUCUUCAGCUCCUCUUCAACGCCUCCAUGCUCCUAGUAUUUGUCAUAAAACCGCACCUUCGAACCUCCUUCACAAUUUACAUCAUUUUCCUGUUAACCGCCAAUCUGACAUACACUCUGUGCGAGUAUCCUCUCGAAAUCAUCCGCCAACUGUACCCCCACUGGCCGCUCUCCCGCAGCGCCUGCACCUUCUAUCUCUACCAGAUCUGGAUCGUCUGUCCGCUGACGAUGCACAUGCACGUCCUGAUCACCCUGAACCGGGUGUGGGCCAUCGCCCUGCCCGUCUCCUACCGCAACCGCCACAGUAAGGCGAGCGCGUGCGGGAUGUGCGGGCUGAUUGUGCUUUACAUACAUAUCUUGGCGGUGCCGUUGUGGCUACGGGAUGAGCUGUAUUUUCGCGUGGAUAACAGCGAGUGUUCGUUGAACACCCACCGGCAACCGUGGUAUUCGACGGCGGUGGCCAUUGUCACACAGGUCUUGCCGAUUCUGUAUGUGGUUGGAGCGUAUCCGUUCUUGCUGGUCAAGCAGCUGCAGCGGCGGAAAAGCCGCGAGACGAAGGUGGUGGAUGUGUUGACGCGAAAUCGACAGAGUAUCCAUAUUUCCGAUCCCCAGCAAACGGCGCAUCAUCUCGUUAUUGUCAUGCUGCAUUUUGCAACAAUCUGGUAUAGAUAUCGAGAUGCGUAG